GGUUUUGUAAAGAACCCCAGCUGGUAAUGAAGAAUAUUAUAGAAAACAGCAAAUUCUGGUCUCUUGUUGUAAGUAAGUGUUCACUACAACUUGACAGGGUCCAGAUACAUCUGGACAGAAAACUUACCUUCAAAUGUGUUCUCCAGAGAAUUCUGUCCCAGAAAUGUAUGUAUGGGCAGUUCCCAGCAAAGCAUCAAAGAUUUGUUAUAACCUCAGAUAAUUUGCAAUGUGAUCGAGACAAAUGGGACUUGAGUGAACAGAGAGUUGACCUACUCAGAACUACUAUUAUUAAUUUGUUGGAGGCUAUGGGUUAUGAACAUGGUGACACAAGAAAAAGUUACGAGGAGGAGCCAACAAUAUUCUUACAUCUUUCUACAAAAUCAAGUAAAAUUUUGCCUGGAUAUAAGCAAAUCCUUUGUGGUGUUGUUAUCAACUCCAGACAUCACAGUAAAGAAAGUACUGUAACAGCUCAAGAAUACCUCAGACAAAGGUGCAGAAAUAUAAAGAAAAUGGCCAUGUAUAAAUAUGGAGAUAUAAUUCAGAGUGAACUACAGAAGGAAGACUUUCUCAUCCAUUUAGGUGAUGCAGCUGUGAGAAUUGAUUUGCUUCAUGUUAAGCCAAGUCACACGGUCUGUCUCAGGCUUGAUACGGAAAUUGAUGGAAGUCGGGAAACAGGCAGCAGAGGUGCUACAUUUAUCUUGUAUAAUUGUGCCCGCAUUGCUACAAUUCUCAGGCAGUUUGAAGAGAAGGUUCAGUUAGGAUAUUAUCCUCAUCUGAUCUCUUAUGAAGAAGUGGACUUCUCUCUUUUAUCCAAAGAUGAGGAAUGGGACCUUUUAUUCUUAUAUCUUCUGUCUUAUCCAAGCGUGCUGCAGAAUUCAGUACAGAAUGUGGAACAUGGAAAACUUUCUCCUCAUCUGGUGUGCAGUUUUAUCAUGGCAAUGUGCAGCUGUUUCAGUGUGUACUACAGAAGAGUACACAUUCUCACUGAUUCAAGAACCCACUUGUUACCUGUAAUGUUUGCACGUCUGUAUCUGUUACGAGGCAUUCAGCAAGUGUUGCAUAAUGCAUUAAACUUAUUGGGUAUAUUGCCUGUUGUGCAUAUGUGACAACUCGAUGCUGCAGAAUCAUUGAGAAGCUCAUAAGUCACUCAGCUGAUCAUCAAAUUGUCACAAUUUUUCAAAUGACAAAAAUUAGAGUUUCAUUAAUCACACAGAUGCAUUAUUUCAAUAAUAUUUAUAAAAUCAUGGUGUAUGUUCUUAAUUGAUAAAGACCUAAAAAUGUAUGUAUUUCAAAAAUGAAAAGCUGAUAAAUAAAUACAAAGUUGAGGAGGUGGGGA